AGAAAAAAACCGAUCACCUGACGCCGUUGCCAUGGCAGCGCCUCUUGUUUAGCUAGCUACAUGUAGCCGAGGACUGGGUCUGCGGCUCGGCUAGCUAGCACUUUUAAAAUUUAACUUUUGUCGCUACCGACAUUUGUGAGCCCGCACGAAACUUCACGAUGCCACCCAAGAACAAAAGCAAAAAGGCUGCGAAGGGGAAGUCCUCAGCAGUGGUGGACGGUAUUUCAACGGAAGAGAUGUCCAAGGAUCAGCUGGAGGAGCACAUAGUUCGCCUGCGGGAGGAGCUGGACAGAGAGCGGGAGGAGAGGAGCUACUUCCAGCUGGAGAGGGACAAGAUCCAGGCCUUCUGGGAAAUCUCCAAGAGGAGCGUGGAGGAGACGAAGGCCGAGCUGAGGAACAGACUCAGGGAGAGAGAGGAGGCCGAGGAGCGCCACCGAGUGGAGAUCACUGUGUACAAGCAGAAGCUGAAGCACGUCCUGUCUGAACACCACGGCACGAUCUCUGGGCUGAAGACGGACGCCGUCGCCUCGACCUCGCUGAUCCAGAACCGGCACACAGAGUCGGAGCUCGGGCUGCAGAGAGAAAUGCACGGCCUGCAGGCGGACUUCAGAGAGAAGAAGGUCCGCAACGAAACCUGCAUCAAGGAGCUCAAGCUGAAACACCAGGUGGAGUUAAUGGAACUGGCGAACGACUAUGACAGACGAAUCAGAGAAAUUGAGGUGAAAUAUCACAAGAAAAUGCAGACAAUGAUCGAAGCGGAGGGCAAAAAGCGGAGGGCUGAGAUCCUCGAGCUCGAGGACAGAAUGAAGAGCCGAGUUGUGGCUCUGGUAGAGGACCACGACAGAGCUCUCAGAGGAGCUGAGGAGUACUACUCUGCUAUUCAAAGUAAACUGCUGGCGGAUCAGAAGGUGCUGAAGGAAGAACUUGCAGAGGUGAAGCAGCAGCAGGCGCGAGCGGACAAAGAGCUUUCAGCAGCUGAGCAGGAGAACAGACGUCUGAGCGAGUCUCUGCAGGACGCACAACAGAAGCUGCCCGAGCUCCGAAAACAGCUGGAAGACUACAACCAGGCCAAGGCCAAGGCGGCGACGACUAGAGCUCGAGUGAAGGUCAUUGAAAAGGAACUGAGAGCUCUGACAGUGGAGCACGAGCUGCUGCUGCAGGCGUUUGAAAAGGUUCAGCAAGAGCGCGAUGAGCUGUUGAAGAAGCAGACGGAGGCCAUUCUGGACGUACAGCAGAAGAGCGGACUGAAGGAGCUGUUGCUGGAGAGGAAGUUGGCAGCGCUGACAGAAACUCUGGAGAAGAGGGAGGCUCAGCUCUGCGCCGCACUCUCGGCCUCCGUCGUCGACCAAACUGCAGGCCGCAGCGCCGCAAACAAACUCGAGGAAAUGUUGGAGUCGAAACACGUCGCCAUCAGUGACUUCCAGUGUGAGUUGGCUCGAGAUUGUAAGGAGUAUGACGACCUGCUGCAGACCUGUAAGGAGAAGCUGAAGGCUCUGGGUGUCCCUCUGUACGACUUUCCCUUCAGGCCCUCCGAGCAGGUCCUGGGCGGACAGACUCAGGUACAGGACUCUCCUGGACCUUCCUCCAAACGCUGAACUCCUCCAGGUGUCACACUCACCUGCUCUACCUGGAUACUUUCCAACCCAAACUACUUAACUUCCCCACCUCUCCCUUUGAUCGUUUCCUAAAGACGAGUUGCAUGAGAAAAUGAAUAUGCAGUUUGCUGCAGAUUUUAAAUAAAUGUAAGAUAAUGUUUCUUUCUGAGGGGGACUAGUCCUUUAUCCUGGUUACUAAACCAUGAUGCUGCUGGUGAUGACUGUUUACCAGGUAAACUAAAUCACAAAGGACACUCUCAUACAAUAAACAAUAUUUUUGUCACAAUA